GCCAUCAAAAGUCAAAGUUCCAACUAGCUAGACCCAAUCGAGGUUAUAGAGUUGUAGUAUGGGUUUUUAAUUGAACUCUAUUUUAAUUUUUUACCACUUUUACGUUCUUUUCUUUAAUUAUUCUCGGCUCUUGUUUUCUCAUUUCAUUUGCUCUUUUUUUUUUUUUUUUUGCUCUCGUUCAUUUAUUUGCUCUCGUUUAUUAUUUACCAUUUUCAUUUUUUAAAAAUAUUGAAAAAUGAGAACAUUGAAAAAUAUGUGUUAAAUUAGUGCCAUAACGAGUUGCACACAGAAAAAAAAAGUUGUAGCUAUAUGUAGUCUGAAAUAAAACCAGAAUUUUUUUUUAUUUAAGUCAAAAUAUAUAGAUACCAAUAUAUGGGCUAAUAGGAAGUAUAGUGGGCCACUAAGUUUGGAGGCCCAAAAUAUAUUAUUUUCAGAAAGUUACUAAAAAUGAAUGUGGCUGCUGGGAUUCGAGCCCAGGUCUCCACGGCCACAACGUGGAAUUCUUACCACUAAACUACAGCCACUUUUGUUGUUUAGGUUGCAUCAGAUAUUAAUUUAUAUUUUGAAAGCCAACCUUUUAUUUUUGAAAUCCAACCUUUCGUAUUAUUUCAUUGUCCGUUGGCCUUCUUCACCAAAAGCCUAAUACGCUUGACGCUUCACUAAUUUUUGUGUAAUUACUCUUAAUCACACCAUCCACCACUAAUCAUUUACUUUCACUUAUCCCCCCCACUAAUAAACUUUUUAAUUACUCUUUAAUCUCCACUAACCCAAAAGAUCAUUCCAUAAACAUGCUAUAAAUACCAAACCAUCACAAGCUAGUCUUAUCACACUAAAACUCCAAACAAAAACUACACCAAUGUCUUCACACACUACUUUCCUUUUCUCCACCGUCACACUUCUCAUCCUCUUCCUAAACACCACCGUCUCUGGCAGAGAUCUCCCGGCGGAGUCAUCAACCAACAUAGCGGCGAGGCUUCAAAGUGGAGGGCUAAUGGAAUGCUGGAACGUAUUAUACGAGCUGAAAUCGUGCACCAAUGAGAUCGUUCUCUUCUUCCUCAACGGUGAAACAAAACUUGGUGUUAGUUGUUGCGAAGCCGUCGAUAUCAUCACUACCAAUUGUUGGCCGGCAAUGCUCACUUCUCUCGGAUUUACGCCUGAGGAAGCCAAUGUCCUUCGUGGCUUUUGUCAGAAUCCAAACUCCGACGACUCUUCUCCUUCUCCUUCUCCCAAAAUAGCUUGAUUGUAAUUUCCAUAUUAAUUAAUAAACUCAUAUGUUGGAUUUUAAAUCUCAAUCCAAUGAUUUUGCAUAUUGAGAUUCUUAAGAGUUUAAAGCUAUAUUUAGGUUUGAGACCCAAUUUUAUAUUAUUAAGCAAACUAAAGAAUAAAGAUGGAUCAAAGUUUUAUAUCUCGAAUAAGAAAGAGUUUCUCUUAGGAAACAGAACAUGAGAAGAAAACAAAGAAAUAAGGUAACUUGUCUGAGAAGAAACUGAUUCUCAAACAGAAAGCAGAAAACGAAGAUAACACGAGAGACACGAA